AUGAAUAACAAAUUCCGAAAAUUUUUCCCCAUUUUUGCUUAUCAAAAAGAUUUUAUUUAUUUAGACAGUGCUGCCACCAGUUUAAAACCUAAUAUUGUUAUUCAAGCCAUUAACGACUACUACCAAAAAUAUUCUAUUAAUAGCCAUAGCGGAAGUAGCAAUCCCUUGUUUAAUGAAGUUCAAAAAACUAUUCAGCAAACCCGACAAAUAAUCGCCCGCCAAAUUAAUGCUAAAAGCGAAGAAAUUAUUUUCCUACCCUCUACCACCUAUUCUUUAAAUAUUUUAACUCUCUCUUUGAAAAAUUAUUUGGAAAAAGGAGAAAAAAUUGCUCUAACUCAUUUAGAACAUAGUUCAAAUUGUUAUCCUUGGCAGUCUAUCGCCCAAGAAAAAGAAGCCCAAAUAGAUUUUUUACCCCUAAACAAAAAUUUUACCAUUGACUUUAACGAAUUAGAAAAUUAUAUUGACCGAAAAACAAAAAUAGUUAGUUUUUCACAUAUGAGUAAUAGCCUCGGAGUGAUUAACCCUGUCAAGGAAAUUACCAAAAAAAUUAAAAAAAUAAAUCCAAACUGCUUGGUGAUAAUUGAUGCUUGUCAAAGAGGCGGAAAAAGAAUCGGUCCUAAUGAUAAAAUAGAAAACGAUUUCCCCUUAGCCAAAAAGUUCGAAGUUGGCACUUUACCUUUGGCCCAAAUAUUUGGUCUCCAAAAAAGUUUUGAGUUUCUUAAUGGUUUUGGUAUUCGAGAAAUAAGCAACUAUGAAAAAGAACUAAAAGAUUACGCCAUAACCGAAUUAGCAAAAUUAAAAAAAAUAAUAAUUUAUAACCAAAAUUUAGAAACGGUCGACUUAGUUCUUUUUAAUUUAUCGGGUUAUCACCCUCAUGAUGUAGCCGACUAUUUGGGAAAAAAUAAUAUCUGUGUCCGAGCGGUAUUGGAAAUAGAGGGUAUCGAAAGUGCUAAAAAAUGUUUACGAAGUUUACAAAAUGGCACCAUUACUGCUUUUGGUGGCAAGUUUCGCGGAGCCAGUUAUGACAAAAAUGCUGAACGGAUAAUUAAGCAAGCCCAAAACUCAUUAAAAGAGGCCAUCAAAAAGCAUAAUGAAGGAGAAAGCAUUAAUAUUCAAGAAACUGCCAUUGUGCCGCCUUCUUAUUAUAACUGGUGGAUUAGCAGGAAUAUUUUUAGUGAGGAAAAAAAGGAGAAUGCGGAGAACCAACCACAAACUCUAAUAGUAGAUUUAAAUAUUAGUCAAUAUAGAUUAACAAUGUUACAAAAAUAA